UGCUGACCACCCCUGGACACUCCUCAGCCGACACGUGUAGGUGGCUUUAAUAAGUGAAACGCCAUCUGCAAGACACGACAACGUCCCGAGAACCCCGCAGUGUCAGCUACACCAGGCUCGAUGAGGCAUCAACCAAAGAUCAGCACUGACUUGGGCGCGCAGACGCGGGCGCGCAUUAUUGAGGAUAUAAGAGCUACGCCCUCCGCAUGCACACCAGGUCUGCCAACGGUCACGUCGCCUUCAACCCUCAACACCACGACGAGUAAGUAGGCAACACACACCAUGGCGGACCGUCACGACGCCCUCCGUCAGCAAAUCACGGCCGGCGCCGUGCUUACCCCCGGGGACGAUGGCUUCCAGCAGGCGCUCGUCCGCUGGAGCCACGCCGCCAUGAAGCCCGCGGCGCUGGUCGUCCAGCCGGCCUCCCCGCAGGAGGUGUCCGUCGCCGUGCGCUACGCAACCGCCAACAAGAUCCCCCUGGUCGUCAUGGGCGGCGGGCACUCCACGAGCGGCGCGUCGUCGUCCGACGGCGGCAUGGUGGUGGACCUGCGACGCCUCAACUCGGUGCGCGUCGACGCGGCCGUCCAGACCGUCACCUUUGGCGGCGGAUGCAAGUGGAAGGAGGUGGACGAGACGUGCGGCGCCCAGGGCCUCGCCACGGUGGGCGGCACCGUCAACCACACGGGCGUCGGCGGGCUGACGCUCGGUGGCGGAUACGGCUGGCUGUCCGGCCGGUACGGGCUGGCCAUUGACAACCUGUUGAGCGUGGAGAUGGUCCUUGCGGACGGGAACAUUGUCACGGCGUCGGACAAGGAGAAUCCAGAUCUCUUCUGGGCUGUGCGCGGCGCGGGUCAAAACUUUGGCGCCGUCACCAGCUUCACGAGCAGGGUCUACCCGCAGGGCGACGUGUGGACGGGCCCCAUCGUCUACACGCUCGACAAGAUGCCGCAGGUCGUCGCCUUUGCCAACUGGUUCCACGAGCACAACACGGGAGACGAGUCCUUCUGGUUCGGCGUGAUGGGCGCCGCGCCCGGCGUCCCGGUGCCGGCGGUCUUCUGCAUGGUGUUCAAGAACACGGACUCACAGGCCGAGGCCGAGUCCUUCUUCAAGCCCCUGCUAGACAUCGGCCCCGUCGCCAACAUGGCCCGCGUGAUGCCCUAUUCCGAGUCCAACAACCUGAUCCCCAACCGUGACGAGGAGAAGCGGCGCCUGCAGGGCAGCGCCAACUUUGUGAUGCCGCUGCAAGACGAGUUCGUCAAGGAGCUCGUCGACGACUUUGUGCCCUUUGUCCAGGAGCGCAACAUUGGGGAGGGAUCCGGCAUCAUCUUCGAGGUGUUUCCCCACGACAAGAUCCGCGAGGUCAAGGGCGACGCAACGGCGUUUCCAUCCAGGGGCAACUUUUACCAUGUGGCAACCAUGUUCUCGUGGGACGACGCGGCCAUGGAUAAGCAAGUGCGGGAAUAUAACCGCAAGAUCAUCGGACUGUUCCGUCAGAAGGGAUUCCAAGGCAUGGGUGGCCAAUACAACAACUACGAUGGCGAGUAUCUGGGGCCGGAGAGGGCGUUUGGCCAUAACUUGCCCAGACUGCAGGAGCUGAAGAAAAAGUACGACCCGGAGAACGUGUUUUGCAAGUGGCAUAGCGUAUGGCCGACUACUUCGACGUAGUGUACUAUAGCAAAGCAGCCAUUGAUCUCAACGAC